AGUACGGGAGAUGGCAACAUUUUGGGGUCAAAUAAUGAAAUUGUGUAGUUUUACCUUUUAUUUUCAAAUUGGCUUAUUUUCUAAGAUUUUUGUAUAUAAAAUAUUAUGAUUAAAUUAUGAAAUUAAUUAAUACAUAUGAAAAACAAAGGCUGGAUUAGUAAUAAAAUGAAUAAGAAAUAGCUAAGCUAUUAUGAUCCCCAUGCAUGCACAGGAAUCCGGUUACGUGAAGUUGCUUAGCAACCAAAUUAUAACAACAUAACAUGCUGUAAAAUUAAAAAUUCAUAAAAUAUAAUACUCAAUAACCAUCAAAGUAUAGCAAAUCGUACCUACACGAGAUUUAUUCGUACUGUUCAUGCAGGUUACAUGACUCGCUUGAUACGUAGGUAAUACAAAAAUCAUACAACAAUGACAACUCCCAAAUUACUAUACACAAUUGAGCAGCCCCAUGGGAUGGGUGAGCUAUAUUUCCUAUGGCAGAAGGGAGAAUCCCACUCAUUGCUGGCUACAACUGGUACUGAUGCUACAGUAGCUGUACAUGACAGGUCCGGACAACUGAUGGAGAGAAUGAAGCUGCAGGGACUUUGUGCAGGUAUGGAAUGGGACCAAGACGGAGACUACCUAGCUAUCAUAACACCCAACAGUAACACAGUAUUACUAUGGGAGUGCCAUGCCAAUAAGAGGAUUAACAUAGAAACAGGUCUAAGGGAACCUCCAUCAUGUAUAGCUUGGGCUUACGGAGAGCCUCUGUUAGCUGUUGGCACACAUAAAGGGAAUCUUGCCUUGUAUAAUCAUCAUACAACAAAGAGAAUACCAAUAAUAGGAAAACACACAAAAAAGAUUACAUGUGCAGCAUGGAAUAAGGACAGUAUUUUAGUGUUGGCCUCUGAAGACAAGAGUUUGUCUAUAAACAAUUCUGAUGGUGAUACUUUGAGGAUGAUAUCUCUGAGAGACAUACCAAAUGAUCUGCAGUUCUCCGAGAUGAAGACUGAUGAAAGAGUUGCUGGGGAGAAUACAAUAAGCCUUGUUGUUGGUAAAAGGACACUAUACCUAUACAACCUCUUAAACCCAGAGAAUCCCAUAGAGUUAGCGUUUCAACAACGCUAUGGCUCAAUAGUCUCAUACAAAUGGUACGGAGAUGGCUAUAUUCUAAUAGGAUUUAGUGCAGGGUUCAUUAUAGCAAUUUCAACUCAUAUCAAGGAGGUUGGUGAAGAGUUAUUUCAAGUGAAGAAUCAUAAGGAUAAUCUGACUGAUGUGGCUGUUUGUAAUGGACUUGCUGCAUCCUGUGGUGAUGGACAAUUGAAACUAAUUGCCAUAUGGAACAACGGCGAGGUAUCAGGGUCAGUAAUGCCAGCAGGCGGCGCUGAACGAUGUGCGUGGAGCUCUGAUGGACGUCUGCUCGCGACGGCCGGCAGGGCGUAUCUGAACGUAUACGUGACUGCAUUGCCGCCAUUACAUGCGGCGUAUGGCACCAGGGUUAUAACGCUCACCAGUCUCACUGAGGCUACUGUGUAUCAGUGUAUUGCUGUUGGGGAUGAGCCGGAGCCUGUUAAUAAAUCGGAACCCGCAGCUCUCGCUACCUACACACUACCAACAGAACCAAGCGUGAUCGCUCUAGGCGGGUCCCACGUGUGCUGUGCUAGCGGCACUUUAGCAUGGUUCUACCCGCUUGCGGGGGGAGCUGCUACAAGAAGACAAUACCCAGCGGCCAUAGACGUCAUUACGUUGGCUGGGGACUAUGCUGCCGCACUGUUUCAGGGACGGGCUAUGUUGCAUGCGAUUGACCAAGUGGAUCCAUCACAGCCAGAGAAAGAAGCCAUAUUGUUCCCCGAGCCGCACAUGCAGGGAGCUAAGAUCGUCGACAUACAUCUCACAAGCGACUUCUUUAUAUUCGUCACUGAUCAAGGGCACGUAGAAUACUUUGGGGUGGAGGAAUGGCGGUCGUGCGGCCGCUGGCGGCAUGCCUGCGGCGUCCGCGGCGUGUACUGCGACAUCGGCGGCGCCCGCGCCUGCGUGCUGGACGAGCGGCGCCGCGUGCACGUGUACUGUCCCGCGCCCGACCACGUGUGUGCGCUGCAGCGCUCGCAGGCCGCUGAUGUUAGGGGCAUAAUCUGGGACAUCUGUCUAUCAGACCGCAACGUGUUCAUAAUCUACACGGACGAGGCGAUAGAGACUUACUACUACGCGGCGAAUUCCAUCAACGGCUCUCAUAUUGACUUGGUGGGGAUCACGCCGCUGUUGGCUGGUCAGAUACCACUGAUUCUGUUCUCUGGAGAUGUUUACUGUUAUGGCAGUGGAGGCUCAGUACUAAAACUAGCCCUAGACUCGCACAACACGAGUGGCCUAGCGGAUGCCGAUACAGAGAAACGCUUAGCCAAUCAACGUCGUCACAUAGACAAGUUGUUAGGAUUGAGACGAUUCAGCGAAGCUUGGUUAUUCUGUGACGCUGUGGAUGAACCGGAACUGUGGAGAAAGAUGGGGGAAGCCGCUAUAGCUGAACUUAAUGUGGAGUUUGCAAUUCGUGUCUAUACGAGGCUUAGUGACGUGGCAAUGGUUUGGGCUCUUGAAGACGCUUCGCAUAUUGAGGACUUGUCCAUAUUAUGCGGAACUCUCUGCGCCUGUCUAUGCCAAGGUUCGGCAGCAGCUCGUUGGUUAGAAAGCUCCCCAGCCGGAGCGUUACACGCGCUAGAGUUACACGCGGCUCGCGGGGACUGGGCACGAGCGGCCGACAUCGCCGCUGUAUCCUGUCCCGCUAAGGCGCCCGCUAUUACACUGCAUAGGGCACAGCAUUUAGAGCUCACUGCCGACUACCACGAAGCAUUAUCAAACUACGAGAAAAGUCUUAUAACUGAAAACACGGACGACAUUAAAGUUAAAGAGCACAACGACAAAUGCGAGGCCGGGAUCGCUCGUAUGUCGAUACGUUGUGGUGACGUCAUGAGAGGCCUGACCACCGCCAUGAAACAUUCACACGACAUCAUGCUUGUGAAAGAAUGCGCUCAACUACUUGAGGAAGAAAAACAGUAUACUCAUGCAGCUGCCUUAUACGAUCAAGCAGGAAACACAGAAAAAGCAGCUUCUUUGUACAUCAAACUAAAGUCCUGGCUAAAAGUUGAAGCUUUACUCCCAAAAAUCAAUUCUCCAAGCAUACAUAUACAGUAUGCUAAAGCUAAAGAAGCUGAAGGGAGAUACCACGAUGCUUUGAAAUCCUAUCUCAAAGCUCAAGAUUAUGAAGCAGCCAUUCGUCUCAACUUAGACAAACUAGACGAUAUUGAUGAAGCAGUUAACUUAGUCCAAGAAACAAAGUCCAUACAAGGCGCAAAAAUGGUAGCAAAUUACUUCCAAAACAGUGAUGAUCCCACUUCGGCUAUCAAGUUCUUAGUAAUGUCUCUAUGUUACGACGAAGCGUUUCAAUUGGCAAGGAAGAAUGGAAAGUUGCAACUGUAUGGAGAAAUAUUGAUCCAGACUUCUCAAGCUAGGCCUGAGGAUUUUAAGAGCUUGGCUUUGCAUUUUGAGGGAGAGAAGAAUCAUUUGUUGGCGGGGAAGUUUUAUUUCCAUGCGGGGGAGUAUAGCAAGGCGAUGUCGCAUUUAUUGAGGAGUGGGGGGUCGGAGGAAGAGGACAAUGAGGCAAUUAGUAUUGCUAUUGAUGCGGCUGCUGCGAGUGAUGAUGAAAGGCUUACUAGGAGGCUAAUAGAAUUUCUAUUAGGAGAGACAGACGGUACACCGCGUGAACCCCGUCAUUUGUUCCGGCUAUACAUGGCCAAGAGACAAUUUGCUGAAGCUGCCAAAACUGCGAUAAUAAUAGCGGGUGCAGAAUGUCGAGCUGGUAAGUACCGCGAGGCUCGCGACGUAGUUCGCGCUAUGUGCGUGUCGCUGCGAGCUUCGCGCAUGCCGGUACCCAGAGACAUGAGGCAUGCCAUCGCCUUACUGCAUAGUUACAUAUUGGUGCGCACUCACGUUAAACGUGGCCGUCAUGACUUGGCUGCUAGACUUCUGCUGCGUACUGCCGCAGACGUUACAUUCUUUCCAACACCACAGCAUCAAGUAUCGAUAUUAACAUCGACGGUUAUCGAGUGCAGUCGCGCUGGAUUGAAGCAUCAAGCUUAUCAUUGGGCCAGAGUGUUGAUGCAGCCUGAAUAUCGAUCUCAGAUUGAUCCAAAGUACGUAAAGAAGAUCGAGAGCGUUGUACGUCACGGGCCUCGGGAUCCCCCCGCCCCCGCGGUAACGUCCCCCUGCCCGCAGUGUAGCGCGGCCCUGCCCCAAGCAGAGCUGACGUGUGCGCGCUGCGAGGCUGACGUGCCCUUCUGUCUGGCUAGCGGCCUCCACAUAGUGAAGGAUGAUUUGACCGCGUGUCCAGAGUGCGAUUUUCCAGCUAUUCUCAGCGAAUUUGUGGAGAUUCUUCAAGAAGAAGGCAAGUGUCCGAUGUGUGGCGAGAACGUCGAUUACCGCCGUCUCGUUAAAAUUGACGAUGUUGCUGCCUACAUGGAUCUUAAUACCACGGAAUAGAGUUCUUAUUAAUGUAUGAACACAAAGGUAUUUGUACUUAGUUCUCUAUUUAAUUUAUGGUCUAAUUUGAUCACCUGGCAUAUAUUUAAAUAACUGCAAUGAUUUUGCAGAUUUUAAAAAUUGUAUGAGGAAAGGAGCUCCUUUGAGAUAUCAAAAUUUUUACAUCACAUUAUUUUUAAGAUAAAUUCAGAUGUAGAGUUAUAUGCACCUUGAGGAGCGGUGCACCGAAUUUGUGAUUAAAAUAAAAUAUAUCGAUGUUUUUUGCAAACUUCUGCAAAUA